GGUGCCGCAGCCGAGAGGCGGGGAGCCGGGACACCUGGGGUAGUCAUCUGCAGCCGCUGCCAGUGCGCGCCUCCCCCAUGCUCCGCUGGGGGUGUUGAUCUUCGCCUCUGUUGCGCUUUCUCUUUCACUUUUCUUUUCCCUGGGGGUUGGGACUCCCUGGGUUCGGGGCGCCCAGGGGAACCCCAGCCGACUCGCUCGCUGCCGUAGAAGCCCGACGCCCGGGAAGGGAGCCGGUGGCUGCCCUCGCCCGGCAGCGCUGCCUGCCACCCCCGACUCUGCAGCCCGGACUCCAUGGAGAAUCCAUUCUUACAUAUGGCCAUCUGGCUCUUUGAAGCAGUGUCCCAUCAUGUGCCAUGCUGGUGAUGUCACAGGAAGCAAAGAAGUCAAUGUUAGCAUAUAGCCAGCCUACAGGAGGUCGUGAAGUAUUCUGGAUGGAUGGCUGCUGGAAACUCAUUGCCAUAGCCAGCUCUUCUUCAAUACUUAAGGAUUUACCCUGGCAUUGAGUAAUGAGAAUUUCGAAACCCUAUUUGAGAAGUACUUCCAUCCAGUGCUACUUGUGUUUACUUCUGAACAGUCAUUUUUUAACUGAGGCUGGAAUUCAUGUCUUCAUUUUGAGCUGUAUCAGUGCGGGUCUUCCUAAAACAGAGGCAAACUGGCAGGAUGUAAUAAGUGAUUUGAAAAGAAUUGAAGAUCUUAUUCAAUCUAUACAUAUUGAUGCCACUUUAUAUACUGAAAGUGAUGCUCAUCCCAAUUGCAAAGUAACAGCGAUGAAGUGCUUUCUUCUGGAGUUACGUGUUAUUUCGCAUGAGUCCAGAAAUAUGGACAUAAAUGAAACAGUAGAAAACCUUAUCAUCCUGGCAAACAGCAGUUUAUCUUCUAAUGGGAAUAUUAUAGAAUCUGGAUGCAAAGAAUGCGAGGAACUGGAGGAAAAAAAUAUUAAAGAAUUUUUGCGGAGUUUUGUACAUAUCGUGCAAAUGUUCAUCAACCUUUCUUGAUUGCAACUGAUCCUCUUCAGCAUUUCUAUUAUUCAAACAUCUUCCCACUGCUUAGAGACAACAAAACACUGUGCAUUUCAAAUAUGUUGCCAAAACAAGUAUUUUAGCAAGAUGAUCAGGAUCUUGGAUCAGAUGAACUCUCAGAAAUGAAGAGUGAAAACUGUCACUGAGUAACAUGGUGACUAUGAACUAUCCUCAGACUUAUUUUGCUCAUUUAUUUUUAAUUUAUUAUUGAAAUUGUACAUAUAUGUAGCAUAAUAAUAUAAAAAAGUUGAAUAAAAUUGUGUACAUAUUUUGUCCUUUAAAAUUGCACUGAUAUUUUACCUCUUAAAAGAAAAUAAGCGACAUUUGUUCGAGGGUGAGAGUCAAAUUAUUUAACAAGUGGUGGGGCUGGGUACCACUGCUGCAGGUAAACAGAUGCUCCAACCAGUGUCGAACCCCUGACUCCCAGCCCUUAUUUCCUUCGCCAUUAGGUGUAGACCUGGAGGAAGAACUGAAUACCGAGGAGAAAGGGGGACUAGGUAUGAGCCAGUGCUUUACUCUGUCAUUUAGUUACUGAUACAUAAAGCACCUGUUGUGAAAGGAAGACGUUGCAAAUCCCUGGCAUGUAAUGUGCAUCAGUAUGUCUUUGACGAUGGUGAUAAUAAACCUACACUGAUAGGCAGAAUUGCGUAUAGAAAACUAAUGGUUGCAACGACCUUUGUAUUUCAUGCUUUCUCAAGUACAGGUAUUUUACUUUCACAUUCUUUUUGCCAUGUUUGUAGAAUUAAAAAAAAACUGUUAGCACAAACAUUAUAUGACAGAAAAUAAUUGUUUAUAUAUGUGUAUAUAUAUAUAUGUGUAUAUAUUGUGGUAUACUGUUUAAAAUGUGCAAGCUUUCUUUUAAUGGAACUAUGAUUAAAUGAAAUAUUCUUGUCUCAUUACAAAUUUCUUUCACCUAAUUCACUCCUGACAGUCUCCACUAAGAGACCAUAGGUUAGGAAUUGAUCUCUUAAGAAUUUGAUUUCACUCCAUUUCACAGUACAAACUGGUUCUCUGUUGAAACAUUCUUUUAUCACCCAGUGCCCCAUCCAUGCUCAUGUAUCUCAUUCCUCUGGUUGAUGUAUGCUUAAAAAUUUCUUUCAAGAUAGUUUCAGAGAAAUCUAUAUCCUAUUUGACUUUCAAAGAGUCAUGUGUUGGCUCUCGGUUUGUUCCCUAAACUCAGUCCAGACAAAUAGUAUUAGGCAGCCACACUUUAAAGUUUAAGGAUUGGGAUUGUAGCUGGUUUUUUUUUUCUUUUUUUCUUUAAUUUCAUCUGAGAUGGAAGUUUUUUUCAGUCUACCUUCUAUUUUUUUUUUUUUUCCUAGCUUUUCUACUGAUGGAAAAUAGGAAAAAUGCACCACUUUUAACUGUGAGUUUCCAAUCCAAUCCUUGGACAAAAGUUAACACCCUCUCCAGUGUUGGGAUAGGGGAAGGAAAAUCAUAAUGGCAGUCACAUUACCAGUAAUAUUUUAUAGUGAGCAAUAAUCCAUUCUGGUUAUAUAAGCACACAAGUGGGCUUAAAAUUUGGCAUUUUCCAGUGCUCAAAAUUAGAAUUCUUCCCACAUUAGUUACUUAAUAUGGAUCACUUCAGUUGACCUUAAGAAACUCAAGGCAUAGAUCUAUAACUCCUUAAAAUACACUUAGCUAACUUAAAAAACAAGGUCAUCAUGUAAAACAGUCUAAAUUUUAUUUUUCAUACUUGUA